UUCCGGUUCAUGGCAAUCAUGAAUAAUUUAGUUAAAAAAUAAUGAAAAAUUUCUCCUUUUUUCUGCAGUUUUAUAGCUAGUGUAUAUACUAAAACCGAUCUUUUUAAAGAACAUGGUAUAUGACUAUUUGAUCAGUGUUGCAGAAUAGUUUUAAAUACCGGUACAAUUCGUGUAAUUUCUUUUGGAUUAAUACACAAUGAAUUCAGAAUUGAUUUAGCAAUAUUACUCAUCAAUUGAAAAAAAAUGUAGUAAGAAAGUACAGUUCAUUUUCAUGUAUUUGUACCUGUUUUUGACACUAAUGGGAAAACAUGUAAAUUUUGAUUUGUGUAAAGACGUGUUCUGAAAGCAAGAGAAAUGGGUGGCUGUUUCAGCUGCCCUCAGAAAAACCCAGAACCAUCGGUUCCGAUGGUGGGGAUGAGUACAACAAGUACACCACAGCACAAUGCAACUGAUACAAAUGGAAGCGUAGCAAAUCCAAAUCAGGUUGGUCUGAUGGUGGUUAGUGCACCACAGCAGACCGGCAACACCACUACUGUGCCAAUUAGUCCACCAAAAGUAGAGACUGGGGAGGUAGCUCGAAAUGCACCGAAAAUAUUUGUUGCACUAUAUGACUAUGAUGCUAGAACAGCAGAAGAUCUCAGUUUUAGAAAAGGGGAACAUUUAGAAAUUCAAACAGAUACUGAGGGUGAUUGGUGGUAUGCAAAGUCAUUGACUACAAAACUAGAAGGAUACAUCCCAUCAAAUUAUGUUGCCAAAUUAAAAAGUUUGGAGUCAGAGUCAUGGUACUUUGGUAAAAUAAAGAGAGUAGAAGCUGAGAAGAAGUUGUUGUCACCGGAUAAUGAGCAUGGUGCUUUCUUGAUUAGAGACAGUGAAAGCCGACGCAACGACUACUCUUUAUCAGUUCGAGAUGGGGACACUGUAAAACACUACAGGAUACGACAGCUAGAUGAAGGAGGUUUCUUUAUAGCACGACGUAUAACAUUUAGAACUUUAGCAGAAUUAGUGGACCAUUAUAGUGCUGAUGCUGACGGCUUGUGUGUUAAUCUCAGACAACCAUGUACACAGGUGGAGAAGCCAAUGACAGUGGGUUUAUCAUACAACACAAAGGACCAAUGGGAAAUCCCAAAAUCUUCGCUAAAAUUACUACGAAAGAUUGGACAUGGACAGUUUGGGGAAGUAUGGGAGGGGUUAUGGAACAACACAACUCCAGUUGCAAUCAAAACACUCAAGCCAGGUACUAUGGAUCCAAAAGAUUUCCUGGCAGAAGCUCAGAUCAUGAAGAAGCUACGUCAUCAAAAGCUUAUCCAGCUGUACGCUGUAUGUACACAGGACGAACCAAUCUAUAUCAUUACAGAACUCAUGAGGCAUGGCAGCUUACUCGAAUAUCUGCAGGGUAAAGGAAGAGCACUCAAACUUCCUCAGUUAAUAGAUAUUGGAGCACAGAUUGCUAGUGGAAUGGCGUACCUUGAGUCCCAGAACUAUAUACAUCGUGACCUUGCUGCCAGGAACAUUCUUGUUGGAGAUGGUAACAACGUAAAGAUUGCAGACUUUGGGCUGGCGCGAGUUAUCAAGGAGGAUGAGUAUGAAGCUCGGGUCGGUGCACGAUUCCCGAUCAAGUGGACGGCUCCAGAAGCUGCAAGUUACAACAGAUUUACAAUCAAAUCAGAUGUCUGGUCAUUUGGUAUAUUGCUCACAGAAAUUGUCACAUAUGGCAGGAUUCCAUAUCCAGGUAUGACAAAUGCGGAAGUGUUACAUCAAGUGGAACACGGUUACAGAAUGCCAUGUCCCCCUGGGUGCCCCAAGCCAUUGUAUGAGAUCAUGUUAGAAUGCUGGAAGAAGGAGGAGAUGGAGAGACCAACAUUCGAGACCUUGCAAUGGAAACUGGAGGAAUUCUUCACGCUAGAUGGAACAGAUUAUAAAGAGGCUUCAGGUGUACGAUAGUAUCCCCUAGACAUCGCUGUAAACCAGUUAUAUUUGCAGGAAAAUCUUUCUUUGUGGUAUUUAAAGUUCUUUGGAUUUCAGUGGAUAAGUUGAGAUAUAUUCAUACACAGUAAUAAUACAGCCUAAGCUUGCUUCAAUGAGGGGGACAGUGUAUUAACUUGUUACUAUGUGAAAAGACAAAAAAUAGGUCUGAGUGUUAGGAUCUCAUAUUUCUAUGUGACCAAAGGAAAUGGGUGGUUUUGAACCAUGGUCUGUUUGCAACCACACCUCCUUGUCACCCUAGUUCUGUAUUUUUCAGGGAAUUAGUCAGACAAGCUGCAAGCUUUAAACUUUCUCCACACUAACAGUUCAGCUGCAUGAUUGUAGACUAAUUUUGAAAAUCUAAAAAAAUACAGUUUAGGAAAAAAAAUUGAAAGAGGUUCAAUGUUGACAGUUUUUUUAGCUGUAUGCUUGAACAAAACUUGUAUUUUGUAAGUUGCUUAUUGUUAAAUUAAAAAAAAAACAUAGAAGGUUGUAAGUUUUAGCAGAGUGAAAUUUUUAUAAAAGUAUCUCAACUUAACCAAUUCAACAGGUUUUUUUUUUUAAAUGUAUUUUGCUUUUUUGCUGUAUUUUAAAGUUUUUUAGUGAAAGCUGUUGUGAUUGGUUUACAGAAGCGGGCAGAUUGCAAUUUCCUACAUAAACUUGUAGCUUUAUAAAUGCAUAAACAUUGUACUUAAUACAGUUUUAAACUGUAAUCAUGUUGUAUCAUAAAGUGCUUUAUUUUUUACUUUAAAGGGUGUGUAAACAGAUUGGUCUAAAAAAGAAGUAUGUGUGACAUUAGUCAUUUUAUUAUUUUCCUUUAAUGCUAAGUCCGGUAAAUAUUUCAUAUCAGCAAAUAAGGUAGUCCAGAGAUGGGCUAUCUAGCAUAAAGUCAUGAUAUUAAAUAUAUCAGAAAACAUUUUACCUGCUGCAGUAUAUUCUAAAACAUGAACUUGUGUUGUUGGAACUACAUGUAUUGCAUUAUACAAGAAUAAAUUGUAUAUAGAAUAAUGUCAAUAAAUACGGUUUUUAGCUCACAUGUCACAAAGUGACAAUGUGAGCUUUUGUGAUCACGCAGAGUCCGUCGUCCGUCGUCCGUGCGUGCGUGCGUCCGUGCGUGCGUCCGUGCGUGCGUAAACUUUUGCUUGUGACCACUCUAGAGGUCACAUUUUUCAUGGGAUCUUUAUGAAAGUUGGUCAGAAUGUUUAUCUUGAUGAUAUCUAGGUCAAGUUCGAAACUGGGUCAACUGCGAUCAAAAACUAGGUCAGUAGGUCAAAUAAUAAAAAAACCUUGUGACCUCUCUAGAGGCCAUAUUUUUCAUGGGAUCUGUAUGAAAGUUGGUCAGAAUGUUUAUCUUGAUGAUAUCUAGGUCAAGUUCGAAACUGGGUCAACUGCGAUCAAAAACUAGGUCAGUAGGUCAAAUAAUAAAAAAACCUUGUGACCUCUCUAGAGGCCAUAUUUUUCAUGGGAUCUGUAUGAAAGUUGGUCAGAAUGUUUAUCUUGAUGAUAUCUAGGUCAAGUUCGAAACUGGGUCAACUGCGGGCAAAAACUAGGUCAGUAGGUCAAAUAAUAAAAAAACCUUGUGACCUCUCUAGAGGCCAUAUUUUUCAUGGGAUCUUCACGAAAGUUGGUCAGAAUGUUCAUCUUGAUGAUAUCUAGGUCAAGUUCGAAACUGGGUCAUGUGCCG